AUGUUUGAGGGCAGAGCGAACGAGGUUGAGCUUGGAUGUCAACAUACUGUAAAGUCCCAUGGGGCAACAGUUGCAAGGACUCACAAGCACGACUGGCUUAUGUUGCUUCUUCUUGCUGUAAUAGAGGUCAUUUUAUAUAUCAUUCACCCUUUCUAUCGUUUCGUUGGGGAGGACAUGAUGACAGAUCUCAAAUAUCCCAUGAAAGAUAACACCGUUCCUGUGUGGGCUGUUCCUCUGUAUGCAGUUCUGUUGCCUAUAGCAAUCUUUGUCCUCUUCUAUCUGCGUAGGGCAGAUGUAUAUGAUCUGCACCACAGUAUACUAGGACUCUUAUUUGCAGUACUAAUAACUGGGGUCCUAACAGAUGCGAUAAAAAAUGCAGUUGGCCGACCUCGGCCUGAUUUUUUCUGGCGUUGCUUUCCUGAUGGGAAAGAUUUAUAUGAUCGUUGGGGCAAUGUGAUCUGUCAUGGUAAAGACAGUGAUAUUAAGGAAGGACAUAAGAGUUUCCCAAGUGGUCAUACGUCAUGGUCAUUCGCAGGUCUUGGAUUUUUGUCAUUGUACUUAUCCGGUAAAAUUAAAGUGUUUGAUCAGAGGGGUCAUGUGGCAAAACUAUGUAUUGUUUUUCUUCCUAUCCUUGCUGCAUGUCUCGUUGGUAUUUCUCGUGUGGAUGACUACUGGCAUCACUGGCAAGAUGUAUUUGCCGGAGGUCUCUUAGGUCUUGUCGUUGCUACAUUUUGCUAUCUACAGUUUUUCCCACCUCCAUAUCACACAGAAGGAUGGGGUCCUUAUGCCUAUUUCCGAGCGCAGGAGGAACCAGGUUCCAACCCACAAACAGUCCAACCCGUGAAUGGGAUUAGCAUGCAACAAGUAAAUCAGCAAUCUAUGCCGAACAACACUGCAGAAAAUCGCAAUUUGAACGAUGACAUGGAGUCUGGCACAAGGUAG